UUCUGCGACUUCCGGAAAACAGCCUGUUCGGCGAGAUAGUGACAAAGCCAACGAAAUGUUUCCUGUGUAGCGUAUAUAUAAUUCUUUACACCGAAGUGGCUGUUUUAUACAGCAUUUAAACUAGAUGAAUUGAAAUUCCACCGGUUCAUAACUAGAUGAGUGUCUGAUCAAUGUGAGUGUAGAGUCUAAUACUUGUGGUGAAUCACGUAACAUGGCGGAUCCUCGACUCGCGUUUGGAACCAAUUUCCAGCCAAAUCGACCUCCUGGACCCCAAACUGUCUCAAAUCCAGGAUUUCCGACGAACCAACAACAUGCAGCUCCAGGUAUGCCACCAAAAAUGGGAAUCCCCAAGGUCCACCCGGGCAGUUCAGUGGUGGACCCCGGCCUCCUCUGCCGCCAAUGACAGGGGCUCCAUCAGGACCACCGUUUUCAGGCAUGCCUCCCCACUUACAUGGCAACAUGCCUCCACAAGGUGGUCCAAGACCUCCGGUUAAUGGCUUUUCAAGCCCACCAUCUAUGCAUCCCCCAGGAAGUGGUGUGACAAGGACUCCAGGACCACCUUCUGGAGUGAUGGGUUCUCAACCUUCUUCUGUUGCUCCAGGAAAUAUUAAUGUGCCAUCCCAACAAAUACCUGGACCUUUCAAUCCUCACGUUUCACAAACAGGGCAAAUGUUAAAUGGACCAUCAAACCAGACCACAGUCAAUGGAUAUCCGUCUGUACAGGGUGGUCCUCCUCCAUCUUCACAGGGUCAACAGUACACAGGUCCUCCUGUACAGCCUGGAGGACCUCCUAUGGGAGGAUCUGCACCCAAUUUUAGACCUCCAGGGCCUCCAACCCAUGGUGGUCCUCUGCAAGGCAAGGUCCUCCACCUGUGAGGCCACUGGGGCCCAGUCUGCCUCCUGUGUCUGCUGGUCAGGGUCCACCAACCAUGCGACCCCUGGACCAGGUCAACCUCCUGUUGUGUCUGCAGGGCAAGGACCUCCAACCAUUCGACCUCCAGGUCCAGGGCAACCACCAGGUCUAGGUCAACCUCCACCAACAGUAUUGAGUUCUCAGGGGAUGGGCCCACCUCUAAGGCCACCUGGCCCACCCCUUUCUCAGGGGCAGAACACAAGUCGACCUAAUGAAUUGCCCGUCCCCUACCAUGGCCACGGCCAGUACUCGCACCAAGUUGGCACCACUAUGAACCUGACUCCUGGACUCACCCCCGGCUCAGGUAACCACGGCAUCGAACCAGCUUCUCAGAAAUCGUCUCGAGCACCAUCACCGAUUGCAAACCAGAUUUAUGAUGACAUGGAAGGACAGUUUGCUCCAUCACCUCAAGGCAUGACCCCUGUGUCCUCACCCCAAGGCACAGCUGCCCCACCGUCACAAGAUAUGAGUCGGACCACAGGGAUCACUGGCAGGAGGCAGUACCCUCAAAUGCCCUCCAACUCCAUGCCACCUCCACAGGGGCAGCAAGGCUACCAGGGACCACCCCAAGGAUACCAACCAACUGGAACACCAGGAUACCAGCCAACUGGUGCACCAGGAUACCAGCCUGGUACUGCACCAGGGUACCAGCCAACCAGCACGCAAGGGUACCAGCCAACCAGCACGCAAGGAUACCAGCCAACCAGCACACAAGGAUACCAGCCUAGCAGUACCCAAGGGUAUCAACAAGGUUACCAGCCUGGAGGUGCACCACCACAAUACCAGGCACCCCCUGUGUCGCAAGGCUAUCAGGGACCACCCCAACCAGGCUACGGUCAGAUGCCUGGGGGACAGCCUGCUCCUGGUCCAAUGUCAGGUCCAGCAGGGGGAUACCAGCCUGGGGGUGGGAGUACCAGCCCAAAUGACAUACUGUCAAACUUCUCAAAUAUGGGCGUAGCUGAUUCCCAGCGCUUUCUGAACCUGAUGCAGGAACGCCGCCUGAUCCCAACAGAUGGUCUUGAGACGGUAAAGCCUGGCUUUCAACAUGAUUUCAAGAAGGUCAACUGUAACCCAGACAUAUUUCGAUGUACUCUGAACGCCAUACCACAGACAUCAUCAUUACUGAAUAAAGCACGAUUACCCCUAGGCAUCCUAAUUCAUCCUUUUAAAGAUUUGUCGGAGGACGAGGAGGAUGGUCAACUUCCUGUUAUCCAGUCCAGUGUAAUAGUGCGUUGUCGCUCGUGUCGGACAUACAUCAACCCCUUCGUACACUUUGUUGAUCAGAGGAGAUGGAAGUGCAACCUGUGUUAUCGUGUCAAUGAACUACCAGAUGAAUUUUCAUUUGAUCCAGUCAGUAAAACAUAUGGAGAUCCACAGCGUCGACCAGAGGUGAAAUCCGCAACAAUAGAGUUCAUAGCACCAUCAGAGUAUAUGUUGCGGCCCCCUCAACCGGCAGUGUAUGUGUUCCUUUUAGAUGUGUCUUUCAAUGCCAUUGAAACUGGCUACCUACAGAUGUUCUGCCAGGUUCUGCUGGAUGAGCUGGACAAGAUUCCAGGAGACACCCGAACACAGAUCGCCUUCCUGGCCUACGACCAGUACCUCUACUUCUUUGGCCUGGCGGAAGGACAGUCUCAGCCACAGAUGAUGGUGGUUCCAGAUCUUGAAGACAUAUUCCUGCCCUGCCCCGACAACCUUCUUGUGAACUUGAGUGAGAGCAAAGACCUUGUGAUUGACCUUAUCAACCAGCUGCCCAACCUCUUCCAGGACAACAGGGAGACAGGCAGUGCCCUGGGGGCAGCUUUACAGGCAGCCUUCAAACUAGCGAGUGGUUCUGGAGGCCGAGUGACAGUUAUGCAGACGGUACUACCAACAGUCGGACCUGGCGCACUGCAAACAAGGGAGAUGCCAAGCAAUGUUUCAUCUAAGAAUGUGCCCCAUUUGGGUCCAGCUACCGAUUUCUACAAGAAGCUUGCGUUGGACUGCUCAGCACAGCAGAUAUCAGUGGACUUGUUCUUGCUCAAUGGCCAGUACGCAGAUUUAGCAACACUAACGUGUGUGUCAAAGUAUUCCGCUGGUUGUGUGUAUUACUAUCCAUCUUUCCACACACUGAAGACGCCCGGGUUAGUGGACAAGUAUGACGCAGACUUCAGGAGAUAUCUCACCAGGAAGAUUGGCUUCGAAGCUGUGAUGAGGAUACGAUGCACGAGAGGACUUAGCAUUCACACGUUCCACGGCAACUUCUUUGUGCGGUCGACGGACCUGCUGUCGUUGCCUAACAUCAACCCUGAUGCUGGGUUCGGCAUGCAGAUGUCUAUCGAGGACAACUUGACAGACACAUCCAAUGUGUGUUUCCAGGCGGCUCUGUUGUACACCUCCAGCAAAGGAGAGAGGCGUAUCCGAGUACACACGCUGUGUCUGCCUGUGACGAAUCAGCUGAGUGACGUGUAUGCUGGCGCAGAUCAACAGGGCAUCGUGUGUCUGCUGGCUAAGAUGGCGGUCGACCGAUCUGUGUCCUCCAGUAUGGGUGAUGCUAGGGACGCUCUCAUCAAUGCAGCAUUGGAUUGUGUGCUGUCAUACCGCCAACAGAUCCCUGCAUCACAGAGGAUGGGAGCUCUACCAUUGCCCUUCACGCUUCGAAUCCUGCCUCUCUAUAUUCUUGCUAUGCUCAAAAGUAGUGCCUUCCGGUCGUCCACCAAUGUGAAGCUUGACGACCGUGUGUUCAGUCUGCUGCAGUGCAAGACUCUGCCAUUGAUGUAUCUGAUGCAGAGCUUCUACCCACACAUGUACCCUGUACACUCCAUAGAGGAGAAGAGCACAAUGACAAGGGGAGGUUUGGUAAUCCCAAAGCCGCCAUUGCUGCAGUUAUCGUCAGCCAACAUCGACCGCCAUGGAGCAUACAUCAUGGACGUCGGCACCGACCUAUACCUGAUGGUGGGAGGAGCUGUCAGUGACCAGUUUUGUCAGGAUAUUCUAGACAAACCAAACUUCAUGUCAAUACCUGAAGGAAUGAAUGACCUGCCAGAGUGUGAAAAUCCGUCCUCAGAAAGGUUACGCAAUUUCAUCAACUAUCUGAUGGACAGCAGGCCGUAUGGAGCAAGCUUCCUGGUGCUUCGGGAGGACAGCAAAAACCGACAAUUGUUCUUUCAACACAUGGUAGAAGAUAAAACAGAGUCAAGCAUGUCAUAUUACGAGUUUUUACAAUAUUUACAACAACGGACAAAGAGUUAGGAACUAAUGGCGGAGGAAUGAAGUGACAUUUAAGAGAGUGAUGACCUGUGCAGUAUAGUAAGGCAUGGCCUAUAGUCAGCUCUGGGAUCUGUAGAAAAUGGACAAAGAUGGUAUCCUCCUCACAACUAUCUACAGACAAAGGCCGCGCAGGCCCCCAAGGCUGCAUCACUUUAUUAACAUUGUCGUGUUUCUUUUUCUGCACAACAGAUUUCAUUGCUCCAAAGAACGCCCAAUUAGUGCCAAAGUCAGCCUACAUGUGCAUUGUUCACAGUGUCUAGAUUCAUCAAAAGCUUAAUAUAUUAUUUUCAUUGAUUUCAAAUAUUAGCCUUGAAGAUACCCCCAGAUUAAUUCCAAAGUGUUGGAUUCAUUCUUUAUUUAUGUAGAAAUAUUUUGUCUUCUGUUAAUGUCGGAUUUGUGUUAAUAUUUAUUUUAUUUUUUUUGUCAACAGAAUGGGUUAUUAGUAUCGAUGUAUUGUACGAUAUGCAAGAGAACAUGUACAGAUAUUGUACCAUAACCAGACUGUUCUGUCAAACAGUAUUGUAACCUUGGCUGUACUAACAUCUCAAAGUCCUUUGAUGUCUGUUACUUUUGUUAUCAAAUAUAUUCGGAUGUCAGUUGUGUUUUUGCAAUUAUUUCCUAAACUGCCUGUAAGUGUAGAAAUUAUGAAAUAUGGAGAGAAUGGUGAUGAUUUUCACAAUCUGUGUACUGCAUUUCCCUUGGCCGAAAUAGUCGUUAUGUUUAUGAGUUACGCAAGUUGAUGGUCGUAACACCAUGGAACAGGCCCCGUCUCUGAUCACAUAUUGUGUCUCGAGAGACAUGCCUGUUGUAAAGCUGUAAAGCUGUCUGGAUCUUCUGUCGACGUGUAUUAAACUUGGUGCAAUUAUUGAAAUGUGAUAUUUUUACCAUGUGCACCCAAGCAAUGAAAUGUGAAACGUUACAGAAUAUUCACGAGUGGAGAACAUGAUAUGGGCAUAUAUAUAGUUUUGAAAUAAACAUGCCAGCUGACUGAUCAGCUGUGUCUUCCUGGCUCUGGAUUGUCAAUAUUAAGUGAUAUAUACAUAACACCUACGUCAACACUUAAUGGUGACAUGGACUAAUGAAACCAUUCCUUUUCCUUUGUGGUGUGUUUUUAUGUGUUGAUUUUAUGGUAACGACUCCCUCUGUAAAUAUCUCCAUAGUCCCUGAUUGUACAUAAUAAAAAACAACUGCAAUGAUGGGAAUGUUUUAUAAGCUUGCGAAUGAAGGUAUGUUUUUGCUGGAUACAAAGCUUUCUUUUUAAAAGGAUAUUUUGUAUUGGCUUUUGAGUGUUUUAAUUGUGUUGGUGUCAUAUUGGAGAACUUGAUGAGGAGCAUCACUUGUAUUGUCUGCAGUAAUCACAGGGUUUGCUUUCAUCAUUGAAGUGUAAGGGUCAGAUAGUUGACAGCAUAAGUUCCAAGUUCGAACCAUGGUGUGGCGCUGUUCAGUCGGUAACAUACACCCUCAUUCUACAGACUAUUUUAUGAACAUUUGUAAACAUUUAUCAAGAUAUUGUUAAACAGUUGCUGCUUUUAUAUGUGUUGACUGGAUAAAGAACAACCUAGUUCACGGAGUUGUCUUACUGCCACGACCGUUGUUACUUCAUGUAGCACUGUGAUUACUUUGUGAACCAUGGCUCAGAAAUAAUGUUACAUGUUAGGAAGUUCAGUACUUUAAAGACUUAUGAACAUCUUUCUGUGACAGCUAUCGUAACUCCAACACUUUACAUAAACUUAGACCAUUCUUAUUAUCGUUUUAAUGCAACAUGUCGUAAUUUUGACUCUUUAACAUCGACUCAUAACCAUCAUGGCACAGAGACGAUUAACUCCAAAUAUAUCUCAUAGACUUACGAUAGUUGGUGUCUGAGAGUGAUUUGUGGAAUAGGGCCCUUAUGUAUAAGUUGUAGGGUUGUAUAUUAUGCAUUUCAAAAUAAAGGAAAUCUCUUGCAAGGGUGCUGAAAAUGUAUACAUCAGAGUUACUGAUGAUAAACGUAUGAAUAUAGGUGCAAUAUAUUCAGACUUUGCUGGUGAUUUCACCGUUUGUUCAUGGCGGAGCGGCAGGUCAUUUGUAAUCAGUUCCAGUUCUCUUCAUGUUUGCAAGAUGUUCUAAUUGUAAAUAUGCAUAUAGGUUUAAGCCAGAGCGGGGUCACUGUGUACAUAGGCAGCCUCUGGGCGGUCAACAUUGAGGCUGACAGACACUCAUGCUAACUGGACAGUUCAACUUGUACAAUAUCAAAUCACUGUAUUAAUUUGCCAUAUGAUGAUAGUCUUGUCAAAAUAAAUGCUGUACACACAA